AUUUAACUCAUGUUUCUGUAUUUCACUUUGUUUUCUUUCCUUACGUUUCCUUAUAUCUGAGUUUCACAAACUCAGUGCCAUGCUCGCUAGGUGUUCGAUAAAAUGCUUCAACUGAAUCCUUGUAUAUAAGGAGUUGUGGUCAUCGAACUGGAUAGUUUAGCCUGGUUGCAUUCACUGUGUAAUGGAGGAUCCAUCGUUUUUUGAUCGGAUGAUCAGUCAUCUCCGUUCAACUUGCAAGUACUACACUGGUUAUCCAAAGGAUCUUGGACCAUCCAGGGUUAUUCAUUUUACAUCUGAGCGUGAGUUUGUCACACUUCUUCAUGAAGGUUUUCCUGUGGUUGUUGCAUUCACUAUCAGGGGGAAUUACACACGACAUCUUGACAAAGUAUUGGAAGAAGCUGCUGUUGAGUUUUAUCCUCAUGUAAAAUUUAUGCGUGUUGAAUGCCCGAAAUAUCCUGGAUUUUGUAUAACUCGGCAAAAGAAGGAGUAUCCAUUCAUUGAAAUAUUUCACAGUCCAACACAGGCAGAUAAACAGGGAAGGGUAGCUGAUCCGAAUAUUACUAAAUACAGUGUGAAAGUCUUGCCUUUCAACUACGAUUUAAGUGCUUAUGGAUUUAGAGAAUUCUUCAAGCGACACGGUAUGUGGUCAUCAGAUUCAAAGUAAGUUCCAGCGGAAGAGUUUUAUGUUUCGCAUGUUGAAGAGCAACACCUGAUCAUACUCUACCUAUCUUAUCUAUCAGUAUAUCAUCACAAGUUCACAGCUAAGGGCCAAUAUUAUUUGGUUUAAGUCCUCGUCAGGGGCUUUUCUCAUUGUUCCUUUGUGGUGGCAUCUUAGUAUUUCCAUGUUUAUGUUCUCCAACUUCUUCAAUAGAACCUACAAGACGUUUCUCAUCAAACCCUAUUUGUUAAUUUGUCUAUCAACUACUUGAAUCCUAGAACCUUCUUUGGGAAGCAAGAUAAACUGUUUGUCUUAAAAGUUGCAGAUGCGAUAUAUUCUUUUGUGUUCUAUAAAUUGAGUGAGAAAUUAUUGCAAUGGUUAUAUAGUAAUUUGUGAAUAAAAA